AUGGGUACCGUCUUUUCCUCCCUCGGCAGCACAUUGCUCAUCGCCGUGCUUCUCGUCACUGCGCACGCGGGGUACCGAGCCGCUCUGCCCAAGCCGCUUCCCGGUAUUCCUUACAACCGGGACGCGGCUGGCAAGUUGUUCGGAGACAUACCUGAGAUUAUGGGCUAUGUCAUACGUACAAAACGCAUAUUUUGCUGGCUGACCUCUCUCACCACGCGGCACCAAAGCCCCAUUGUACAGGCCUUCAUCAAGCCCAUGGCGCUGCCGUGGGUGGUAGUGACGGACCCCCUUGAGAGCCAGGACAUUCUCCUGCGACGCACCAAGGAGUUUGACCGUAGCGGCUUCUUUGGGGAGCUUAUCGGCGGCAUCCUGCCUGAGCAGCACAUCCACAUGAUCAAGGUGUGGCAACUCAAGUGCGACGUGGCCAAGGGCCGGCCCUUCGCGGCUCACCACGACAUCACAUAUAUGGCAUUGGACAGUAUUUUCGCCGCCAUGUUCGGGCUCCCCGAGCCGGAGAGUAUCACCAUCCAGCGUCUCGAUGCAGUGUCGCGAUGGCAUCCCGAGAUCCCCGCCGGUGUUGACCACCCAGUGCCGUUUCCUGACGGCAAUAUCCCCGAGGUUUUCGCCGCCGCGCUCACGCUGGCCAACUCGGUGACAGACACGCAGCUGUCCCCGGCCCCGCGGCUCACCUCGUGGGUGCUGCGCAAGUUUCCGUAUAUGAAAAGGGCCACAGCCAUCAAGGACAAGUACAUCCGCGACAAGAUCGAGGAGUCAGUGCGCCUGAUCGACGGCGGCGGCGACAACGAGAACCGCCAGACGGCGCUGCACUCGGUCCUCCUGCGCGAGAGGGACGUCGCAGCCAAGGAGGGCCGGCAGCCCGGCUACCGCAAGCGCGCCAUCGCCGACGAGUUCUUCGGCUUCAUGCUGGCGCGCCACAACACGUCCGCCACGACGGUGGCCUGGGGCGUCAAGCUCCUGACCGACAACCCGGCCGCGCAGGACCGCCUGCGCGCCGACCUCGCCGCCGCGCUUCCCGGGGGCCAAAGCGGGUCCCGGGAGGUGCUGCGCCACGCCAACACCAUCGCCUUCGUGGUGCGCCAGGCCCUGCGCGACACGACGGUCCUGGGGCGCCGCAUCCCGAGGGACACGGACGUGUUCCUGAUGGCCAACGGGCCGGGCUACCUGGGGCCCAACAUGCGUGUCAGCGACGAGACCCGCACUCCCGGGGCACGGCGACAGAACGGGGAUAUUGCUGCCUUUCGGCCCGAGCGCUGGCUUGGGCACGACCCGGACACGGGUGAUGAGAUGUUCGACUCCAUGGCUGGCCCGUCGCUGGCUUUUGGGCUGGGGCCGCGAGGCUGCUUCAGUAGGAGGUUUGCGCUGCAGGAGCUGAGGAUCCAGUUUGCUUUGAUUGUUUGGCACUUGAACCUGCUCAAGACGCCGCCUGAGUUGAGCAGGUAUGACUCUGUUCAGAGGUUUGCCAGGGAGCCGACGCAGUGCUACGUCCGGUUGAGCAAUGCCAAUGUCUAG